AUGGAUCUUGGCGAUAUCGAUGAUGUGGAAAAACUAUUAUUGGGCCCUUCAGGAUUCUCAAGCCUUAGCCUUGGAUGUACGAACGAAGAAGAGGGAACAACUGCGCUUGUCGAUCGAUUAAAAGAAGAAAAUGCGAACAAAGGAACUCCGUCAAAAUCAGUUGUGAUGUUCGAUGUAAAGCCGGCUGAUGGAGAUACGAAUCUUUCGACCAUGGAAGAAACGGUGAGAAGGGUGAAUGGAGGAACCGGACUUGUGUGGGGGCCAAGCAAACGAAUACCUAUUGCUUUCGGGAUACACAAGUUGAGGAUCGUGUCGAUUGUGGAUGAUUCGGUUCCCGUCGAAGAGCUGAUCGAACACAUACAAUCAACUCAUGAAGAUCUCAUUCAGUCCGUCGAUAUUGUCGCUUUUUGUGCUCUC